CAUCUGACGACGUGGCCGAGGUACGUUUGAACGCCGUGUUUCAGCGGACCGGGGCGAUUCAAACCAGGCAAACCGGCUUUGUUUAGAGCUAGUUCGGAAAUUCCUGGACUUUUAAUGCUCGAACAAAUCUUUGUAAAACUUUAAUCUCACCACUGUGUCGUAAAAGAUGUCUGGGAAAAUCAAGAACCGAAGUGCCGCGAACGCAGACUCGAUAUCUGGCGGAGUGUCCUGUGAUGAGCGCAUCUUGCGGGAUUGUCAUCAGCUGUACACGGAUCCAGACAGCGGGUUGAUAACAGUGGCUGAAUCUGUGGGUGUGAAGUUGCUGCCGCCCAGGAAAAAAAUCACUGUGAUGCUGAUGGGCAACCACUCUGCUGGGAAAAGCUCCUUUAUCAACUGGUACGUAGAGGAGCACAUCCAACGCACUGGAGUGGCCAUUGAGACUCAAGGCUUCAGCUUUGUUACAAGUGGACGCAAGAGAGAAUCUCUCACAGGAAAUGCCACUCUUCAUCUAUAUCCACAUUUCAAGCCUUUGCAAGAGUUUAAAGGUGUUUCAGAGUACUUGAGCACAGAGAUCUGCACAUCACGACAGAAACGCUUCAGCCUGGUGACAUUUGUGGAUUCUCCUGGCUUGGUGGAUGGUGAUAUGAAGUAUCCGUUUGACGUGGAUGAAGUGGUUCUGUGGCUGGGUGACCUCUGUGACCUUAUUCUGGUCUUCUUCGACCCCAUGGGUCAGGCUCUGUGCAAGCGUACCCUCAACAUUGUGGAGAGCCUGAAUGAAAAACAUGGAGACCGACUGCGGUUUUACCUGAGCAAGGCUGACGAGGCCGGAGGAGAAUCUGACCGACAGAGAGUAAUGAUGCAGAUUGUCCAGGAACUCUGCAAACGACCGGGACUCAACAAAUGUGGUUUUGACAUGCCAACUAUCUACAUUCCUAAUCCAAACAAGCCAAGUCGCUGUGUCAACCAGAUUGAAGAGGUUUGUCGCACCAUUGAGAAAACUAUCAACCAAACAGUCCAGACUACACUGAACUCUUUGGAGAAGGACUGCGAGCUCAUCAGCGAGGCCAUUACCGACACUAUCAAUACUGACAGGCAGACCACGAUGGAGAACCGACGUGCACGAUGCAAGAGCUGCUUCCUGACUCUGCUGGGUUUCAGCAUCCCAAUGGCCUUGAUGGCCAUACUGGUGCUGGGCGCUCUGUCCAAGGAACUGCUGGAGAUGGCUCUGGGCCCUCAAGGAACAGAGGCUCUCUCGCUCUACCUGACUCCCAUAGUGAGAAUAUUUGACUCCCUCUCUGUGGAGCAGCAGCUGUACAGCUGUGUUGGACUGGUCCUUACCUCCUUCCUCAUGCUCAUCAUUGCUCGCUUUUCCUUCAGAACUCGACCAACUCUGUCAGGCAAACAGAAGAGGCAACUGCAGGAGAAGCUGGAGUAUGUUCAGGAGGUGGUCAAGACCAAAAAGAAAAAGCUCUAUGAAGACUAUCUGCGGCAGAGUGUCAGCGAUCACGACAUGGGCUUGUAAAAAAACGAGUCGAACGAAAGCAUUUCCAGGACCAGAUGAAAGAUUUCACACCAGCUGCCAUGUCACCCAGACCACUUCAUAUUUGUUACAAGCACAGGGUACAUUGAUAGAAGCCCAUGCGAGUUCUGGUGCAUUCAUAAAGCCGGUUAACCUUUUAGAUGAUGUUACCUCUGUGAAAACUGUUAAACCAAACUACCUGCUUUUGUUACUGAUCACUUACUUAGCUGUAAGCAUUUAUCUUUGUCUUCUGUGCCUCUGCUCCACUCCACUUUAUGAUAUUUAAAACUUUCCAGACUAUUUAUAAUAUUCAGAGAAAUUGUAUUUUGGUUUAACAGCAUAUAGCACUGGUUUACGUGAGUCACUUUAGAUGAGCUACUGUUUUUCAGGACCUUCACCAGCAUUUUAUACAGUACUUGGGAUCAUGAAGUUACAGUUUUGUACAAAUCCAGUUUUGUACAAAUCCAGUUCACGUCUCGAAUGUCUGUGGGUUAGAUAAGUAGAAUAUUCAAUCAUCUGGCCGACUCCUGCUGUAGAGGAUUGUGAACCUGCAAUCAAAAGUCAGUGAAGAUAUCAGUGACCAAUUUUGUAUUUUCUUUCUACAUUGUGACCAUGUUUGAAAUACAGCUGAUUAAAUAAAAGACAGUGUUCAAUA